AUGUCCCGAAUCUGCGCUCGAAAUGUAGCGCUGCUGUGCUUCAUUUUGGCUACCAUGCUCAAUGUCUUUGGUAGAAUCGCCGUUCAUGCCGCUGUACUGCCACGCAUAGUGACUUUGAAGGUCGCACCGAUGCAAGACGAUGUUUUGACCGUGCCAACACCAUUACCCUUCGUGGCGACGUAUACUCUGUUUUUCAACAGCAACGGAGCGACUAAGGCUCCCCCCACCCUUUCUUCGACUCACACCUCGAGCAAAUCCAGCUUUUCAACUUCCUCUUUAGCUCCUCCUCGAUCGACUUCUAAGACUGCUCCAUACUCAAAAAAGAAUCCGAGUUCGACACGGUCUUCCGCCAGCCAUGCAUCGACAUUCGUCAAUGCCAAAAAGAUGGCCUCUGCUUCCUCCACGUCUUCCUCCUCUCAGCACAGUACGGUGUUUCCAACCGUCGCACCAGCUACACCGACAUCCUUGGCAAAGCAGAGACCUUCGGUCGAUGCAGAAGUACUACCCCACAAUUUUGUCAACAAGAUUGAGACACUGGUUGAGACGUAUCAAGGAAUGACGGGUCGAAAGGCGCGUCAAUUGGCACUCAUCCUGUCCAACCAGACUGAUAUCAUCGCCAAUGCUUCUCGAACCGACGUGAUUUUGUCUGAUCUGGCAGAAGCUUAUCCAUCGACCAAUGCCACUGUGGAGAAGAGCUCUGCGAAGCAAAGUCCAGCAACGCUUCUCUCGAAUACCAAUACGAGCGCGUCUGCUUCGGCAGGGAUCUCGCCACUUGCGCAGCAAUACAUUGUCCAAUCUGGGCGCUCCAGCUUGGUCUUGUACUCCAACACGCCCGAUUAUGGCCCCAACGAGGUGCGACACGAUCUGCACGUCAUCCGCGCAUGGGCGGGAGAUCUCGACCAGCUUUCUACACCUUGCUUACUCGACGAGACUGUAGCUGCCAUCCUUUCUGCUUCAGCUCGCUACUAUCCGGAACUUUCCACGCGCGAUGCAGCCCGUGUGAUUAUGGCGGACAUCAAAGCCGAAUCGGAUUUCGACCCUGACAACGUCUCCGGUGGAAGGCUCGAUUCCGGAUCCAGUUGGGGAUUGAUGCAAGUCUCGCCAUUCGCAAGUGGAGAACUAAAGCUGUUUCAAGAGCAUGCGGCUGUCCAGAGCAACACAUACUCUUGGAGUCACCAAUGCAACGUUUCCACCACACCAGUCACGAAUGGUGCUGGACCAUUGUUGGACUGGGAAACAGGCAAGGCAUUGGAUGUCAACAACUUGAACAACCAAGAUCUGUUCAGACCAUGGGUCAACAUUCAUGUCGCCACAUGGAUCCAAAGCAACCUCGCUCGUACUUCCAGUCAAGAUCCUUACAGCUGGCAAGAGAUUUAUUCCAAAAGCAACCGGGCCAGAAAUAGCAGCGGGAAACUAACAACACCAUCAUGGCUAGCCGUGGAUACAGCUUUGAUCGGCUCAGGUUUGCCAAGGAGCUACCUAACAGCGUUGGGAAGCUGGGUAGCAGGUCCCGCAGUCGACGGUUACGGCAGCUACACUCAACCUGGAGACAACGUCAGCAAGCCGUACUUCAACAACAUCGUACAGGGUCUCAGCGUCCUCUUCAACUCGACAGUGACGACGUCUUGGUUGAGCAGCCUCACUUUGCACGCUGGACUCAUCGACUACCACUAA